AAGGGCAGAACUACAUUUCCCGUCAUGCCCUGCGCUGAUGUCACUGUCAUGGAACCCGGAAGUUGAUGAUGGGGCACACGUGUGGAGCAGUGUAUGAUGUAGAUAGUGCAUAAUAAAGGUGGAAUGCUUUUCUCACCAUUACAUUGACCUCCGCCUGAUGUCCUGUGUUAAGAUGGACACAGAGCUUAAGCUAUUGCCAUUGGAUUAUGAAGACCAUGGAUCACAAAGAUGUAGAUUGGGACCCAAGACUAUGUCGCAUCUGGGAGUUAAAAUAGGUUUCCCUAUCUUGAUAUCAUUGUCAAGUGGCAAGUGUCUGUGCACAGCUUGGCCAAGGAAGGACCUUUCUGAUGGCUUUCUCCAAGUUGACACCAUGUGCUCUGCAUUGACAAAACCUACAAUUGACCACACAGGUUCAGUUUGUUUAAAUUCUUUAAAGGUUUUAAAUCCUGUCAAGUUAAAAAGGGUGACAGUGAAAGUGGUACUGAGGAGUUUGGAAGUGAAAUUGGCUUUAUCAGACACCAUGCUCCAUGAGGUGGUGAGAGACUUGCUGAGAAAUAUGUAUGUGCUGCCUCAAUAUGUGGUAAAAGUGACUGACGACUCACCAGUUGUGAUUGUGGAGGUAAUAGACAUGGACCCUGUACCUACUGGCGCUGGCAUAAUAACUGCAAAGACAAACCUGAACUUUAAAGAGGUCAUAGCACUGGAGUGGUACAAGCACAUGGCUGACAGCGCUCCUCAGUACAAGGUUGCUGGAAUGGAGGAAGUAUGUGCCUCACUCUGUGAAAUCAUCAAUUUACCUUUCCACUAUCAAAAGACCUUAACCAAACUAGGCUUAACGUGUCCCAGAGGCCUUCUCUUGGUUGGUCCUCCUGGAGUUGGGAAAACUCUUUUAGUAAAAGCUGUUGCAAGACAAGUUGGAGCCUAUCUAAUUAGCCUGAAUGGGCCAGCAAUCCAUGGAUCGAGGCCUGGAGAGAGUGAGGAGAAUUUAAGAAAGUAUUUUGAGAGAGCCAGAGACAUUUCUCAUGGAGGACCUUGCAUCCUGUUUAUUGAUGAGAUUGAAUCCUUGUGUCCUAAACGUGGAGGCUCAAGUAAUGCUCCUGAAAAUCGCAUAGUCGCUCAGCUUUUGACACUCAUGGACGGGAUUCACAGUGAUAACAAAAUGGUUAUUGUUGCGGCUUCAAACCGUCCUGAUGCUAUAGAUUCAGCUCUGAGACGACCAGGGAGAUUCGACAGGGAGGUUAUUAUUGGAACCCCCACACUCUGCCAGAGAAGAGCCAUUCUUCAAGUACUCCUAUCUAAUAUGCCCGUCAGCAGUGAUGUGGAUGUUGGUGUUCUGGCCGACAUGACGGUGGGCUACGUAGGGGCUGAUCUCACUGCGCUGUGCCGCGAGGCUGCUAUGCAAGUUGUGCUGCAGGUCCACCAGGACAGUCAGGCGAGUCAAGUUACUAGAGCACAUUUUUAUGAAGCCUUUAAAAAGAUCCGUCCUUCUACCGCUCGUAGUGCGAUUGGACAGGUGGAGUUUAAGCCAGUCUACUGGGAGAAUAUAGGGGGCCUGGAGAAUGUGAAACUCUUACUGAAACAGAGCAUUGAAUGGCCUAUGAAGUAUCCUGAAGCUUUCCUGAGAAUGGGUCUGACGUUACCGAAAGGAGUUCUGCUCUAUGGGCCACCAGGAUGCGCUAAAACCACGCUGGUAAAAGCUUUAGCAACAAGCUGCCAUUGCGCUUUUUUCUCAGUCAGUGGUGCCGAUCUCUUCUCGCCCUAUGUGGGUGACUCGGAAAAGACAUUGGCACAGCUUUUCAGACAGGCAAGAGCCAGCACACCAGCAAUCGUAUUUCUCGAUGAGAUUGAUGCUAUAGUAGGGUGUCGAUCCGAGGCCAGGACAGGUUCUGGUGUACAAGAGAGAAUCCUUUCUGUUCUCCUGAAUGAACUGGAUGGAGUUGGGCUGAAGAUUACAGAACGCAGAGGGAGCCGGAAAUUGUUGGAAGGAAAUUCUGAUUAUCGCCAUGAUGAACCUGACAAGUUUCAGGAAGUGGUUAACAAAUCAGUAAUGAUUGUGGCAGCUACAAACAGGCCAGAUGUUCUGGAUGACGCUUUGCUGCGACCAGGCAGACUGGAUAAACUACUCUAUAUUCCACCACCAGAUGAAAAGACGCGGCUGUGUAUCCUGAAAAUCUGCACUAACAAUAUGCCAUUACAUUCUGACGUGUGCUUAGAAAGGCUGGCAGCUGAUUCUCCAUUUUACUCUGGCGCUGAUCUUCACAAUCUUUGUAAAGAGGCUGCCUUGGUUGCGUUACAGGAAACUGAACUACAGGCUACCGAUGUGAAACAAGAGCAUUUCCAAAAGGCUUUAGCAUCCCUACCAUCGUCUUUGAAUGCAAAAGAUCUUUUAGCAUAUAAAAAGUUACCUGGACAUACAGAGACAGAAUAUCUUUUUAAAUAAUGAAUAAAUGCACUUUGAUCUAUUUGAA